AUGGCAGUGCUAGGAGUAGUCCUGGAUGCUGUCAUCUGGUGUCUCCCGCACUAUGUGGUCUGGCAUCUAAAGCUGCGCCUAUCCCACAAGGUGGCUGUGUCGAUCAUAUUCGCUUUCGGAUUAUUCAACAUGUUCAUUGGUGCCUUUCGCCUCGACUCACUAGCCGGUGUCGCUUAUCAAGGCGACGUAACAUACGGCAUGGGCAACACUUUGAUGUGGGCAAUCGCACGGAUGAGUACGGCAAUUAUUGUAGCAUGCCUUCCUCAUUUACGUCCUUUGUUCGAUUGCAUCUUGCCGCGCCGACUCAUUCACCUCAGCACCCGCAGAUCUAAGACUCGAUCCAAAGCUUCUCAGAGCAGGGCUGGUUCCAUUGUUGUCACUACGCAGAUCGCUGUUCAGCCCGGUUCGCCACAGCUGUUACCACCUCCUCCACCGUCGAUAGACAUCGUGGAUGGGCAGCUUGACCCUAUGGGUCCGAUAUUCCACGUUGAGCAAGGACCUGCAAAGCGAACGAAGCGAGUGUCGUACGAUUGUGGAGGGCCGUCGCGUGGUUGUGGCCUUCCUUGCUGA